CAACUGGACGGCUCCCACCGCACCCUCGAUCCUUCCCAGCUUCCAUUUCCACCGCGCGUCAUCCCCUCUUUCCCGGCCAGCUACCCCCCCCCCGUGGUAGUCCUUCCCGUCGGACGCACCAUCGACAACAGGUCCAUCUUGCUGUCUCUCCCCUGCUCGACCAAUUUCCGUCUGAUUUUCCUCCGACCAUCAGCGGUUGUUGUGCGAGUUUUCUCGUCGCUUUCUCUUUACGCUCGAUCCAUUACGGUCCACGAGACUUCAUCAUUCUUGGACAUCCUUGCAAGUGGACAACACAACGACAUAGUUCUGGGACUAUCAUUUAAAAUAGUAAGUGAGCUCCAAGUCGUUUUUCCACCCCAUGAUCUGGAGUUCUUUCACGCCUCGACAUCCACCGAUCAUCAAUGCUGA